AUGGUCAAGGAAACCAAGCUCUACGACACCCUCGGCGUCGCGCCGACGGCCACUGAGCAAGAAUUGAAGAAGGCAUACAAGACAAAUGCUCUCAAGUACCACCCUGACAAAAACGCCCACAACCCCGACGCGGAAGAGAAGUUCAAGGAGAUUUCCCAUGCCUACGAAAUCCUCUCUGAUUCCCAGAAGCGCGCCGUCUACGACCAAUAUGGCGAGGCUGGCCUUGAAGGUGGUGCCGGGGGCGGUGGUGGCAUGGCUGCCGAGGACCUAUUUGCUCAGUUCUUCGGCUCUGGCAGUUUCGGCGGUGGUCUCGGUGGAAUGUUUGGCGGCGGCGGCGGCAUGCCCAACCGUGGCCCCCCCAAGGCCCGCACAAUUCACCACACCCACAAGGUCUCACUCGAGGAUGUCUACCGCGGAAAGAUCUCUAAGCUGGCUCUUCAGCGCUCCAUUAUCUGCCCCAAGUGCGAGGGUCGUGGCGGAAAGGAGGGCGCGGUCAAGCGCUGCGCCGGCUGCGACGGCCACGGCAUGAAGACCAUGAUGAGGCAGAUGGGCCCGAUGAUCCAGCGUUUCCAGACGGUCUGCCCUGACUGCAACGGAGAGGGUGAGAUGAUCAAGGACAAGGACCGCUGCAAGCAGUGCAACGGCAAGAAGACCAUCGUCGACCGCAAGGUUCUCCACGUCCACGUCGACCGUGGUGUCAGAAGCGGUACCAAGGUCGAGUUCCGCGGCGAGGGUGACCAGGCCCCUGGCAUACAGGCCGGUGACGUCGUUUUCGAGAUCGAGCAGAAGCCCCACCCCCGCUUCACCCGCAAGGAGGACGACCUUCUGUACCAAUGCGAGAUCGAGCUGGUGACUGCGUUGGCUGGCGGAACCAUCUUCGUCGAGCACCUCGACGAGAGGUGGCUCAGCAUCGAGAUCCAGCCCGGUGAAGCUAUCGCACCAGACGCUGUCAAGAUGGUUCGUGGCCAGGGUAUGCCCUCUCCUAGGCACCACGACUUCGGAAAUCUCUACAUCCAGUUCAGCGUCAAGUUCCCCGAGAAGGGCUGGACAGAGGACCCCGCGGCCUUUGAGGCUCUUCAGAAGCUGCUGCCUCCUCCCUCGCUGCAGACCGCUAGAGUCUUUGGCGGUAGCGGCUCCAUGGAGGAGGACGACGAGGAUGGUCACCCCGGUGCCGAGCGCGUGCAGUGUGCCUCUCAGUAA